UAAUACGCAAAGUAAUAUGCAAACAAUUUUAAAACGUAGCAGCGGCAACCCUUGAAAAGUAAUUAGACAAGUAGAUUUGCCUCCAUAAAAAAUAUCCACACAUGAAUCUACCUAGAUUAGAGGGACAUUUUAUUGCUGUCACUCUUCCUAUCAUAUCAGGUAUGCGUCCAUCACAACAGCAGCGAUCUCAAUCAUUUUUUUCUUGGGUAAAACCAUGAUCGUUUUCAUUCACAGGUUCAUAACAUGGCGCUCCGUGAUAUUGACAGUAGAAAAAUUUCAAUAAAAAUAAAAAUAACAAAACAAAACAAUUUUUUCGAUUAACCACACCAAAAAAACAAAAGAAGUGUUCACUAAAAAAAUAAUUAAGUUUUUUUUUCAUAUAAACAAAAUACCUUAAAAAAGUUUUAACUAUGAAUUUUCAUUUAACAACAAUUGUGUUUCUUGUUUUCGAUCAAAUAAAUAAAAUUUUAACUCAAGGUGUACCGAUAAGUCCGUGUCCGAAAAUAUUUCAAUAUCGAUUUGAUGGUGCAGAAUGGUUUGGUAUAAUGUCAUUAAAAAAUCCUGAUGUCGGGCAAGUGUUGAACAUUAAAGUGACAUUAUCUAUGCGUGGAAAGCCAAGUACGAAUUAUCUAGGAGAGAUAGAACUUCUAACCAGAGGCCAAUACCAAGCAGAUACACCGGUAUUGUAUAAAAUCAAAUUUCCGAAGAAUCCCUUUCCGCCAAAGCUGCUUCAGAUUGCGGCAAAUAAUCAAAUCGUUUGUGUUGGAGCAGCAGAUCAUAGCAUAUUUGUCACACAGAUUCAAUUGGAACACACAAGAAAGUUCACCUUUAUACAAUCUAAUGAGGAAUUCAAUCCCCCCUCACUUCAACCACAACUGCCAUCUACUCCAACUCAGUCAUUACCGCCACAAAUGUCAGGUGCAGGAGUUGGACUUCUGCCUCACAGUUCUUUCCUCGAAACUUUCGAUACCAAGUUUCUGCCGUUUGCAGCAAAUGAAAAACAUCCCUUGAAACAGACCCGGAAUAUUUGCGGCCGAACGGGUGAGAGUCGUCCUCGUUUGUCCAUUGGUGGGGUGGAAAUUCAGACUGCCGGCGAAGAGGACUUUAAUGAAGACACCCUACCAGCCUCAUCACUCAUGAUAACACGAGGAGCAUGGCCAUGGCUGGCUGCUAUAUAUGUGAACAAUUUGACAUCGCUUGCAUACCAGUGCGGGGGAACGCUUAUAUCCUCGCGGAUAGUAAUAAGCUCGGCACAUUGUUUCUACUCAAACAAACGGAGGUAUAGCCCCAAUGAGGUGUUGGUCUUCCUAGGUCGCCACAAUCUGAAGAAUUGGAGCGAAGAAGGAUCGUUGGCGGCUUCAUGCGAUGACAUAUUUAUCCAUCCGGACUAUGAUAGUCAGUUGAAGUCGUACGACGCCGAUAUCGCUGUGGUUGUCCUCAAGAGUGAAGUUAGAUUCAACGCUUUCAUCCGACCAGCUUGCAUGUGGUCGAGUUCAACAGACACACAGUACAUCGAGGGCGAACGUGGCAUCGUGGUUGGUUGGGGUGCAGCAGCUGCAACAGCAUCAUCGGGAGCCAAACAUUCCAGAAACUUAACAUCCAUUGUAACAACCCCCCGAGUGGUUGCGGCACCGAUUGUCUCCAAUGAAGUGUGCUUCAAGACAAAUGAUAAAUUUCGCAGUCUCUCAUCGAACAGGACUUUCUGUGCGGGUUCACGAAACGGCAGCAACGGUCCUUGUAGUGGUGACUCUGGUGCCGGGCUUAUGAUUUUUAAGAAUAAUCGAUGGAUGCUUCGGGGGACGGUGUCAGCGUCCUUGCCAGCAUCCUACAACACUGAAUCGUCGUGUAAUAAAGAUGAAUAUGUUAUUUACACGGAUGUGGCAAAGUUUCUCGAUUGGAUUUUUGCUUUUAUAAUUUGAAAAAAAAAAAUAACAUAAAGUAGUUUAACUUUUGCAUCUUAUUUAUCUUUAGGGUAGGUGUAGGUAUAUAUGUACUUUUUAUAAGAAAA